AUGGCUGCCGAGCACGCCGAAACUGGAGAUGGAAUGGGUCAAAGCCCAGGGCCCCUGCCCUGGCCCGCAAGCGCGGCGGCCAGAGAGCCCAACCAAAACCAUAGCCGCAUCGCCGCCGCACCGCCGCUGCACCAGGAGAUCACCACCAUCCAGAUCGGCAACCAGCAGCCCCCAAGGCUGCGGGAGCCCUCAGAUCUGGGGCGGAGUUCAUCUGAACCGAUAGGGAAGGCAUCUAGAUAUGUUAAUGGAGACAAGGGGAUUAGUGGUGACCUUGUCAUCUCUUGCGAUGGUCGUAUUCUAAUGGAAGCCAAAGCAUAUGAUGAUAUCAACGAAAAGUCAUAUUUACUCCAUGAAGUUUUGCCAGCAGCAACACGCGACAACGGCCAAAACGAUGAGAAGGGGGAGCUGAUCAAGAGCGACAAGCUCAUGCUGGACCUGAACAAGUAUAUCCUGCUGUUGGCGACGCUGGUGGCGACGGUGACGUAUGCGGCGGCGUUCAGCCCGCCAGGCGGUGUCUGGCAGGAGACAGACACCUCCAUGGACCGCCUCGCCGGCGACUCCAUCAUCCGGGCAACCAACCCCCGCCGGUACCUGUCGUUCUACUACUGCAACGCCACCGCGUUCGCGUCGUCGCUCGUGGUCAUCGUCCUCGUCCUCUCCCUCGCCCUCCUGCAUGAGAAGAAGAACUACUUGAUCAACGUCAGGCCGCUACAGGCUUUCAUGGUGCUGGACCUGCUGAGCUUAAUGGGGGCCUACGCCGCUGGCACCUGCCGGGACAAGGUCACCACCAUCUACUCCUUGGUGCUGGUGGGUAUCGCCGUCGCCUGCCUCGUUGUCCAGAUGGGGGUGGCAUGGUUCUCGGCGGAUCCAGAGGUCCCCGCUACCGCAGCCAACAAGAACCGUGCUACCGCACCGGUCUCGUCGGAUCUGCACCGCUACUCACAGGACCCCGCUACCGCAGCCGACGAGAACCGCGCUACCGCACUGGUCUCGUCAGAUCCGCGCCGAUACUCACAGGACCCUGCUACCGCAACCGACGAGAAACGGCUCCGGAAAGUACUGAUGCUGCUCGCGACGUUUGCGGUGAGCAUCACCUACGUUGCCGGGAUGAGCACGCCGGGUGGCUUCUGGGACGCUGGAAGCGGCCACAGCCCGGGCCAUGCUAUCCUCAAGGAUAGCCACGGGGCGCGCCUGACGGUGUUCCUGUACUGCAACACCACAUCGUUCGUCGCAUCGCUGCUCAUCAUCGUGGUGCUUCUCGACACCAGGAAGCCUCGCUUAUAUCUGGCAUACGGCUGCAUCACCGCCGCGCUGAUCAGCCUCGUCGGCGCGUACACUGCUGGCAGCUGCAGGGAGACCGACACCACAGUCUAUGUCUCCAGCCUGGUUGGUGCCGUGCUGGUAUUCAUUAUACUCCUCCAAGUUGCAGUUGCCAAAGGUUGGAGCCAAACCGUACGGAAAAUUUGCUUCUGGGAGGAAAUCGAACAACUCCAUGGUUGGGUGUCGGGAAAGUUGGAAGCAAAAACUCAGGGGAGCGAUAAUGACAGGAAGGCAGCGGACAAGGCUAGCUCACUUGUUCUAUUGCUGGCCACUCUGGCGGCAACCAUCACUUACCAGGCGGGGCUAAGCCCGCCAGGUGGCGUUUGGCCGGAUAAUAGGGAUGGCCACAUGGCUGGCGACCCGAUCCUGCUGACGACGAACGCUAGGCGGUUCAAGGCCUUCUUCUACUGCAACUCCAUCGCCUUCGUGGCAUCCUUGGUCGCCAUCAUCUUGGUCCAGAGCAAACAGCUUCGUAAGACCCACGUGCUGGAGGCAGCCAUGAUACUGGACUUGUUUGGCCUUAUCGGUGCCUACGCCGCCGGGAGCUGCCGGGACGUAAGCAGCUCCAUUUACGCCAUGGCAUUGGCAGGUGCUGUCCUGGUCUAUGUGGUGAUCCAUGUCGUCUUCUUCACGUUGAACCAUGCAGACACCAUAACUCAAGAGGAAAUGGACUUGGUGGAGAAGAGGCGCAAGGGGCUGCUCCUCUUCGCUGUCUUGGCUGCGACUAUCACUUACCAAGCCGGGUUGACCCCUCCAGGCGGCUUCCGGCUCGAGGACGACGGUGGAUCCAGCGGCCACUAUGCAGGUGACCCGGUCCUCUUAUACAACUCUACCCGCCGUUACACAGCCUUUUUCUACUGCAACUCGGUGAGCUUCAUGUUGUCCAUGGCCCUCAUCAUACUGCUCGUGAACCGGCAUCUAUACAGGCCGGCCAUACGAAGCUAUGCGCUCGCUAUUUGCACGGCAGCGGGCAUGUUUUGUCUGAUGGGGGCCUAUGCUGCCGGAAGCACUCAGCAUCUCAAAACAUCCAUCUACAUCUUCGUCCUGAUGGCUGCGGUCAUCUUCGUUAUAGUUGCAAUGAUCCCAUUGUUCUUGGGUGAGAAGAGAGAUGACACAGGCAGUCAGCGGGAGAAAAAGAAGAAGAGAGAUGGUGAGACGGAGGAGGAAAAGAAGAAGAGCGAAGAAGCAAAGGAGAAGCAUGCCAAGCGCAAAUACCUGAUGCUCCUAGGAAUCCUUGUGGCGAGUGUCACCUACCAGGCUGGUCUGAGUCCACCUGGGGGAUCUUGGCAGACCGACAGUGAUUGGUACCGUGCAGGCAACCCGGUCCUGCACGACAACAGGAGGCCCCGGUACCUUGCUUUCUUCUACAGCAACUCCGCCUCCUUUGUGGCGUCCAUUGUUGUCAUCGUGCUGUUGCUACUACCAGAACAGUGGCGGGACAAGAAGGUUCUGUCGCUCAAGGUCAUGACCACGGCGAUUUUCCUGGAUUUGCUUGCUCUCCUAGGGGCAUAUGCAGCCGGCUCCAGCAGGGGGUGGAAGACGUCAAUGUAUGUUGUCGCACUGAUCGCCGCCGUACUGGCCUACGUUGCAAUCCAUAUAAUACUGGCAUUGUCAUGUCCACAUCAGCAACAGAGUAGCAGCGUUCAUGUCGAUGCCUCUCAGUCACCGGAGCAGACGAACCGGGGAUUUCAGACACAAUGUGCUCAGUGUGCUCAGUGUGCUCUACAGUCACAGGAGCAGACGAACGGGGGGAUUCAGUUAGUAUGA